UGAAUGUUUGGAGGGACCUUUUCUUUAGUUAGUAGUGCUGAUGUGUGAAGAGAUAUGUGAACUUUUUUCCCCUCGAGAUGGCACAACUAAUGUCUUUAUACAUAUGCAGCAUUAUGCUGGAUCCUUUUUGUUCAAUACCACUGAUAUGGAUCAUUCAGGAUGAUGUCCUGGCCAAGCGUCUUAAAAUGUACAAGGAAAUGGGCUGGAAGAAUCUUGUUUCUCAUUGGAGAAGUACUUUUAGCAGAGCCAGUGUUAUUGUGUUUCCUAAUUUUGCUCUUCCAAUGUUGUAUAGUGCGCUCGACACUGGAAAUUUUCAUGUGAUCCGCGGAUCACCUGUGGAUGUUUGGGCUGCUGAAAGUUAUAGGAAGUCUCACUUCAAGUAUCAAGUUGGAGAGAAAUUUGGAUUCGGUGUUGAAGAUUUCGUAGUUCUUGUAGUUGGAAAUUCCUUCUAUAAUGAGCUAUCACCGGAAUAUUCUGCAGCACUGUAUCGCAUGGGACCUCUACUGACUAAAUAUGCAAGGAAGAAAAAUGCCGGAGAGUCGUUUAAAUUUGUUUUCUUGUGUGGUAAUUCCACUGCCGGAUGCAAUGAUACUCUGCAGGAAACUGCUUCACGUUUAGGACUUCCUCGUGGUUAUUUAAGCCAUUAUGGCUUUGAUAAUGACGUAAAUGAUAUUUUAUCCCUGGCCGACGUUGUUCUUUAUGGAUCUUCACAAGAUGUACAAGAUUUCCCUCCCCUACUCAUUAGGGCCAUGACCUUUGGAAUCCCAAUAGUGGCACCUGAUUUGCCCAUUAUUAAAGAAUAUGUUGUUGAGGGAUUCCAUGGGAUACUUUUUACGAAAUUCAGUCCGGAUGCUUUGAUGAGAGCUCUCUCGGUUCUUAUUUCUGAUGGAAGGCUCUCUAGAAUCGCUAACAAUAUUGCUUCGUCUGGAAGAUUGCUUGCUAAAAAUAUGCUUGCUUCAGAGUGCAUUACUGGAUAUGCAAGUCUUAUGGAGGAGUUCCUCAAUUUCCCAUCAGAGGUUAUACUGCCAGGUUCCAUUACCCAGCUUCCAAAAGCGGUGUGGGAAUGGGAUCUCCUUAGGAAAGAUAUAGAACAAGGAUCUUUUAAUGAGCAACGCGAUGAGGAUGUUAAAAGGAAAUCUAGUGUAGUGAUUAGACUUGAAGGGGAGUUCUCUGACCUUGUUAGUUCCUUAAACAUCUCCAGUUCUGAAAAGGAGAAUUUGGUGCCUGAUAUCCCAACCCAACAAGAUUGGGAUAUUAUUGCGGAAAUAGAAAGCAUUGAAGAACAUGAUAGAGUUGAAAUGGAGGAGCUACAAGAAAAAUCAGAUAGAAGAUUAGGUUCUUGGGAAGAAGUACAUCGUAAAGCACGGAAGUGCGAUAGAAUGAAGCUUGAAAAGGAGAAGGAGGAGGGAGAGCUUGAAAGGGUAGGGCAGCCAGUAUGCAUCUACGAGAUAUACAGCGGACCUGCAGCUUGGCCAUUUUUGCAUCAUGGUGCUCGGUAUCGUGGACUUAGUCUGUCUACGAGAGCACUGAGGUCGGAAUCAGAUGAUAUUAAUGCCGCCCAGCAGCUUCCCCUUUUGAAAGACAGAUUCUAUCAACACAUUCUCUGUGAGAUUGGAGGAAUGUUUGCCAUUGCAAAUAAGAUUGAUACAAUUCACAGAAGACCUUGGAUUGGUUUCCAAUCGUGGCGAGCUGAUGGUAGGAAGGUCUCGUUAUCUAAAACAGCUGAAAAGGUUUUGGAAGAAGCAAUUCAGGAGAAUACUAGAGGAGAAGUUAUUUACUUCUGGGCGCACUUGGACGUGGAUCAUAGAGUUCUAAACAGUGACGAUGGUUACCCAUUUUGGUCCGUAUGUGACAUCUUCAAUCGGGGACUUUGCAGAACCACAUUUAAAGAUGCAUUUAGGGAGAUGUAUGGACUACCACCAUCACAUGCGGAAGCUCUUCCUCCAAUGCCUGAUGAUGGAGGUCGUUGGUCUUCUCUGCAUAGCUGGGUGAUGCCAACCCCUACCUUCGUAGAGUUCAUCAUGUUUUCCCGAAUGUUUGUAGAUUCGGUUGAUGCCAUGAACAGGAAGUCUGGCAAUGUCAACGAAUGUUUGCUGGCUUCCUCAGGGCUGGAGAGAAGACACUGUUAUUGCCGGGUAUCGGAAAUCCUGAUAAACGUGUGGGCUUACCAUAGUGGGCGAAGAAUGGUUUACUUAGAUCCACGUUCAGGUUCACUGGAGGAGCAGCAUCCAGUUGAAGAACGUAAGGAAUUCAUGUGGCCAGAAUUUUUCAACACCACAUUGUUGAAAGCCAUGGAUGAAGAUUUGGCCGAAGCUGCCGAUGACGACGAUCACCCGAACCCGACACGGACAUGGUUAUGGCCAUUGACUGGAGAGGUAUUUUGGGAAGGGAUCUAUGAAAUUGAAAGAGAAGAAAUGUACAGGCGGAAAAUGGAAAAGAAGAGAAGAUCCAGAGAGAAAAAGUUAGACAGGCUUAAGCACGGAUACAAGCAAAGCCCACUUGGAGUUGGAGGAUAGAAAACACAUCAUAAAUCUCUUUGCCUCGUAAAUGUUUGUAGAUAGAAUCUGUGCAUAUUUUUGGUGGAAACUGGAGAGUUCUUGCUUCUAAGCUGCUGCGACAGAUGCUGAUGAGUAAAAUUCAACUACAGAAGACGACGAUCAAUUCAAGUACGCCACUUUCUUUGAAGCUCUUUUCCUUAAUUCGAGUCUAGCAAUUAGAUGUAUAUAAUACAAUAAUUCGUAAUCAAACAUUUUUCAUCCAAUUUAGAACUAAAACGAAGUUGAAAGUGAUGGAUAUGUCCAGAUUUCUCUUUCUAGUGGAUUA